GCAAAAACAACAGCAGCUCUGAACGCAACGUUCCUAUACCAGAUUGAGCUCGAUCCAAUCUAAACUCUACAUACAACACAAUCCUCAAGGACAGUCUACAAACAACAAGUUGAUCAAGCAUCUCAGGCACUUCAGAAACUUUAAGACUCUGAGCAUACCGAUUGCAUUCAAAAUAUUCCCAAGAACCCAUUGCGAGCACUCCCAGCCCAAAGAUUCAACAAUGUCUUCCACCAACAAGUCCUCUCCAAAGACCUUCGACGACGCUUCGUCGACCUACUCUACAGCCUCGACUUCCACCGUCAUGAAAGAGAAGGAGGAGGCCAAGCACAAGUGGCAGAACAAGAACAAGAGCAACGCCAGCAACGCCAGCAACGCCGACUCCAAGAACAAGGACGCAGCCCUCCAUUACGAGGCCAUGGCUCAUUACCUAGCUUUCCGAUAAGUGGCCGCCAGCCACUUAAGGCAGCAAUAUACGUGCGCGCCUAUUACGAGCUUGAUCCUAGAACAUGGAUCAAGCAAUAACGCUUAUGGAUAUGAUGAUUAACUCCAGUUCCAUGUCGCUAUUUUUACUUUGAUUGUUUUCAACAAGCCGGGAUUACUGGUCGGUAUCUUAUGGAGUCUCGGUGUCUAAUGGAUAUUUGUUUAUUCAGUAUAAUGUGUAAUUAGUUAUGCUUCAUAGAAUUCAUAUUUUUUCACCG